UGUAGAUCUACGUCUGGUCCUCUCACGACACACACCAUGCGACCACUUGAACCACCAUGAGACUCCCAUUCGCACCUCGAAAACGGGUCUCUACAUCUUCCGAUCGGAAAGUCGGAUCUCCUCCUGAGAUUGUCUUGGCCAACAAGAAUCAUGAUCGACCAUGGUAUGGUAGCGUUCGAACCGUUGGUACGGAAUCCUUGGAUCUCGAAGCGGAUCUGACCAUCCCAUCUUACGGAGUCAUUUUUCUCAACCCUCCUGAAGAAGCCAAGAUUGAUGCGCAACUUCGAGAUAUAGAACCAGUCUUCGACCAUAUCUUGACGGGGACGUUCGAGAUCAGCCUUCCGUCCCAUGUUCAGAAGGCGACGUACAAUGUCAUCCGGAUCGGGGUGGAGAGUAUCUCAUACCUUGAUAUGGGGCCUCAAAGAGGAAUAGAACGAGAUGAAUUGUUCAGAAGGGAGAUGGUGUUUGAUCAAUCUCCACAAAUCAUCGAAGGAAGCAUCACCGUCGGUUUCUCACUCAUCAUUCCCUGUUCACUCGCCCUUGAAGAUUACCAUCGGGAUUCAAGCGUACUCACCUCACUGUACGCAGUCAUAGAUGGAAAAGAUGUCACGCCGGAGAGGAUCCAAUCUGACUUUGGCAGCUUGUCUCUCUCACACAAGGAUCAAGUGGCUUCUGCCAAGUAUCCUGAUCCAAUCGCCAAUCAUGCGUUUCGCGAUCGUCCAAAAGAUCAAUCGAGCCAUUCAUUGGCAGAGAUCACUUUGACCGGGCAACGAAUCAUAGAGAGACCGCUGAGAAUGGUCCAUAAUCCUGAACCGAAUGGAGGAGUCAGCAUUCUUGACGAACAAAUCAGAGGGAAUCUUCGAGCUAUUGGACGAUACGAUAUCAGAUUGUACUCGGAAAUUUGGACGCUAGCAUCUAUCCUCAAGAGUACGAUCGCCAUCACCGACAUUGCCCCCGAUGUCACCAUCUUUGGCUUUCGUGUACAAGUUGUCCAGACGAACGAUAUGACUUCUCCGCGAGAUGGUCAAACAAUCAGCAAGACAACAACCGUACCUAUCAUUCAGCAGGGAAUGAACGCUCAGACCCUUCCUCGGUUUCCUGGUGUGAAAGCACCGGCAUUGUGGCGCGGUACCAACGCUGGAGGGACAGAUCACGAAGUCUUUCUGGUCGAGGCAAAAGGUAGAAUACCAACCGAUACACACCUUCGCCCAUCCACUCCACCGAGCGUCGAAACGCCUAUCAAGGUAUCUCAUCGACUUGGGAUUGAAAUCUAUUUCUCCAUUGCUGGCGAGGAUGCGUCGGGUAACAAGCUGCCCGGCAACGUGCCCGGUCAGCUCACCGUGCUGUCGAUCACAAAAUCAGUCUUCAUGCCUUCCUGCUGGCUCAUGCCUGACGUCUUGAGACUGCCCAAAUACGAUUCCGAAACCGGGCAUUUGUGUACCCAUCGCCAAUGUACUUCUGUGGAUCUGUGGGACGCCUGUGCAUGUGUGUUGACGGAUGAGCAGAUUGAAGAGACUUUCAAAAGGUUCGCUCCAAAGACCACAGAUGGGUCGGAGGAGACUAGAGCGACCACGAUGCGUAGAAAAGCAGAAGCUGAGGGGAGAGUAUGGACCAUCGAGGAGUAUCCUGUCGAGUAGACGGUGCCAUAGCUACAUGUUUCCCCAGAAUUCAGUCUUCACCGACCUCAAUCAUGUAUCUGUAGCUUCCAGAAUUCCGUUCCACUGUGACCGGCCAUGCAACUGCC